CCGGUGUUUUCGCCUAUUUUUAAGGAAAAAUAAGUGAAAUGAUCCUGAAAUAACAUUUUACCAACAUAGAAAUCGCCCAAUAAAGGUGAAAAAUGUAGAAAAGAACGAAAGUCAUGGAAAACUUAUUUUCCGAAGUAAAGUGAGACCAGUUAAGUGCAUGGAAAAAAUUACUACUUUCUGUCGCUUUUGAUUUUGGUAUUUUGAGUGCGAUCAUUGGAUUCGUAAGACGGAAGUGUGCGCGGUGCGCAUAUAAACUGGUGGUUACCCGGAAAAACUUCAUUAGCAGAGAGACUUCGUCCAAAAUCAGAAGAUUCGACAUGGCAGAGGCUGAAGAAAAACGUGUGGCUAACCGAACCACCUGUGAAGUGCAGGAAAACUUUGCGGAAUCGCUUGGUUACGCAAAGGAAGAAAGCCAUGUGGCUAGCCGAACCGCCCGUGAAGUGCAGCAAAACUUUGCGGAAUCGCUUGGUUACGCAGAGGAAAUAAUCUGGGAUCUGUUGUCCCAUGCACAAGCUGACGUACUAAAGAAAAAGCUUAAGGAACUGAUUCGUGAUCCAGAACCAACACCUAAAGAUAAAGCACUGACGACUAAAACUGCGGCUGAUCUUGAAAAAGAUGAGAAAAAACUUAACAAGUUGAUCGCGGAUAAUGCUAAAGCGCGACAGAUAAUUUUCGAUGCCGUUUGGGAGCAGCGUAAAUACACCAACCGGCAAUCGCUGACGGCCAUAAUAUACGUAAUGGUGGUUACUGACGAGCAGAACCUUAAUCGCGUGGAGGACUCAAGGACUUUCUCCUGCCAUGCAGUCUUUCGGGCCCGCCGAUGCAUCGCUGGCAGCAGUGGGCUCAGUAGCGACAGCUCCGAUUGUUGCAAUUUAUUUGUCGAUGAGACCGGUCGUGUUUACCAGAACUGGGAGCAGUAUGUGGCCACCAAUGAGCUGCCCGCCGGAGUAAUGGUGGCCCCGGAAAGAGGAAUCUACCGCAUGGUCAAAGACCAAGUGCGACUGGAGAAAUAUGUAACGCCAGCGGGCACAACCAGCUCACAAGUGCUGGGGUACAUGGACACGGGAGCAGCGGUGGGAGGCUUCGCCGCUGCCGCCGUUCCCAUUGCGGCGUUACUUACGCUGCCCGUAUCCGGUCCGUUGAUGGCCGUGGCUGGAGUCGUGGGUUUGGCCAGCGCUGGAUACGCGACAGCCCGCUCCAGCGUGAGGUUGGUGGACCGCAGUCAGCACGAGCAGUCGAUCAAUGUGACGGACCGCGAGGCACGUGGCCAUUGGCUUGGCGUGGUCGCCGGCGCCGUGGGAUUAGGUGCGGCAGGGGCCACUACUGCACUGACAGCGGCGACGAGCGCUGGACGCGAGGUGGGAGCGAUCACCCAACUGACCGUGAAUGGCAUGAACAUAUCCUCAAUCGUGGUCUCGGGCACUGGAGUGGCCAACGGCGUGCUGGACUUGAUUUUGAAAUUCCAGGAUGGUGACGACAUUUCCAGCAUGGAUGUGCUGCAGCUGUCCGCUUCAUUGGUACUGUUUACGAACAGUGUUUACAAUUUCAAACUGGCCUCGACCAUCAUCAAUGAGACGUCCAACAGAAGUAUAGCGGGCUAUCGGGAAACUCUUAGCAAUCGCCAGAGACGUACCUUUGACAAGGCAGCCAAAGAGACCGUUCGGCUGCAAGGCAGUACUAAAGGCAAGCUGGACAUUAUACGCAACGUCAACGAGGUGCCCUCACGUCAGCAAUUCAAUGAUCUCUACAAGAUCAAUCAAAAUAUGAAUCAAGAGAGUGUGCGCUACUCGUUUGCGCCCGACGGUCAAGGAUUCCUUCUGAACGGCGAGGUACAGACGACAGCAGCGGAUUUGAGGGCCAGUGUACAACAUAACCAGGGACCAAAUGUUCUGGGUCAAGUUAGUCAGCCCAUUCCCGCAAGCCAUGCGGGGUCGGGUAGACUACAAUUGGACGGCUUAAAUCAGGUUUCCCGACUGAUUGGACCACAGCCCACAUCGCACUCGCGUCAGAAGCCCAGCACUUAUGCCGCAGGCGUUUUCACCUUGGAGUUGAGCUCCAUAGUAGUUGGCAGUGUUACUUUUGCGCUGGAGCAAUAUGGCGGAGUUAUUUUCGAGCAUGUGAUCAAUGCCGAGAGCUUUGAGAACCUGAUUACCGGCAUGGCCGAGAAUCUGCAGCCGGAUGUGUUUGAUUUUAUCAUGAAUCUGACACGACUCUUCAUGGAUAUGUUGCUGGAUGAUCUUACCUCGGUGCUUAAGUUUUUCAUUUCGACGGAAUCUGUGCUCUACCGAAUUCUGGUGCACGUGAUGAACAAAUACCGCAACAUGCCCUGUGAGUUUUUGGAACAGCAUACUGGAGAUAUCCUCGAAGGGGUCCGCCAGUAUUUCAUGUCCCUCAACCCGAACUCAUGUCUUGUCCAAAAGUGCCCCAUUUGUAUCGGCUACUUCAGCAUUUGUCCUUUGUAAAGAUUGAAUGCAGUUUAAACCCAUCGAUAUGUGAUUAUUGGUGCCUUAUUUUAAAAGUGGAAUGCAACUAACAGUGAUUUAAACCAUUUUACAUAUGAAAUAUAACUAUAACCAAAUAUGAGCAAAAAAUUACAAUUGAAAAAAAAUGUGAUAAAUAUUUUUUUAAAUAUAAGCACAAAUUGUCUUGAUGUAAAUUUGUAAAAUUAAUUUUAUAU